AUGAAUUUAGCUCCACCAGCUCCUACUGUCGAAUCGGCCAGCGCCGCAGCAAUUCUGCCAGAUUCCGCUGGGCCUGCAAUUGUAAAUAUGGUGCAGCAAGGAGGAUCCGUGAGGGUAAGUGUCGCCCAAGCAGUUGACCCGGCUGUGCCCUUUGACAACCCGCGAGUCUUUGCUCCGGCGCCACAACCUGAAGUAGAAUCCACCAUUUCGGUUGCCGCCUUGCGAGAAGCAGGUGGCUCAGAUUUUGAAAGCUAUGCGGCCAUUCUCCGAGGAGCACCGGAAAAGAACUUUCUGAAAACGUGCUUACCAUGUAUAUACGAUGAACGAGAUUUCGUUUCUUUUGGCGAAGCGCGAAAAUACGCUUUGAUAAAAGGUGCGAGUUGCUUUGUUUUCAAUGAAGAUACGGAUCCAUCACCAUUAUAUGCCAUCCCGUUAAACGACUUGUAUACAAUCUUGGAAGACCCCGACAAACCUGAUCCAGGAAGUGUGACAAUAUCUCCAGAACUCAAUACAAACAAACCACGAAAAGGGAUGGUCACUGUAUUGCUGAAAUACAAGAACAACAGCUCACAGGCGUUUCAAUUUACCUUUGAUACACUUAAAGAUCCAAGUUUGGCCAACUAUUUCAUUGAUGCUGUUGACAAAGCAGGCAAGAAGGCUGGAUCAAUUCCCGUUUAAAUUGUUGAAGAUCAGAAGACUGACAAAGAGAUGAAAAACUAACUCACAUUGCCUGCCAACUUGUGAAGUUUUUCCGCAAGAUGCACAAGCCCUUUUUGUAUUUAUCGAAAUUACGAGUGACUGUUGGUAAAGCGCUUAUGAUCAAUAGCAAUUUCCCUUUUUUAGAAUGUAGUUCAAUUCUUGGU